GUGAAUCUAAGGAACACCCGUGGACUCUUUUCAUUCAUCUAUUCCAACAACCCACUAGAUUUACCAGCAGUUGAAUUGAUAAUUUUGAAAGAUAUCGCUAGUGGCCAGAGUGAAGCUGGUUGGCCCCCUUUACAAACGAGAAAAUAAGCUCCAUUUAUUUACACUAUUGCGGCAACUACCCAAAAAAUGGCCUCGUCAUCUCAGCCGCCAACGCCUCAGCGGUCCAAAGCCUUACCCCCUAAUGCAGGGGUAAACGAUAGAUAUUCUACUGAUAUGUCCCAUAAUGUGGUUAAGGAUAUUGCAGCUAAAUCAAUACAGACAGGGGCAGCAAUGGGUGCUGUUGGCAUGUUGUUUGGGGCUGGUGCCGGCAUUGUCCGAUCAGCUCCUCCAGUAAUAUUUGCCUUCGUCGCUGGCCUCCAAUGGUUUGGUCUCGGAUCUACAUAUAUGGCAUCAAAAAGCGUCCUUUUACACUCAUGGGGUGGUGAAGAAAAUAUUACCUUGUCGGAUCGAGUUAAGGCUAGUGGAACAGCCGGCGGUGUGUCUGGAAUGGUCGGCGGCAUGAUCCGAGGACCUAGGAAUAUUAUACCGGGAAUUCUCGUCUUUGGCACUCUUGGCGGCGUCGGCGAAUAUUUAUCUCAGCGCUUCAAGGAUAGUUCCAGAAACAAGGAAUCCAAACCUAAAUCGAGCUGGCUUGAUUCAAGAUGGAGCCCCAUGAGAAAAUUAUCCGACAAGGAGUAUGAGGAAAUGCUCGAACAGAAGAUUCUCCGGAUCAAUGCGGAAAUAUCCAUCAUUGAUGACAGCAUUGCUUCUCUUCGAGAAUCUAGUAACUUACCGACCAACUCAAGCGAGGAAAAGACGAAAUGAGAGAUAAAACAACGUUCACCAAUACCUCGAUCACAACUACUAUAACGAGUUUUUUGAUAUGGUGCUGCAUCGUGGGCCAUCACCUUAUAUGGCUCCUUCUUAGGUGCAAAUUAAAUCAAACUUACUCAGUCUUGUCAGAUAGCCUAGCAAAGAAAUGCUAGGUACUACACAUUCCGUACUAGAGAGAUUCAAAGAGGAAUUGAUGAAGUUAAAGGUCAACAGGUACAAAUGGCAAUCCGCCCUACUAUCAAAUCAUACCAACUCAAGAAUGCUGGGUUGACUCAUCUAUGGAUCGAUUCGAAUCAACAUAGAUCGCCUAUG